AUAACAAAAAAUGGAAGCUAUUUCUUUAGUCACAGUGUUCCUCCUUUUCCUUUCCUUCACAACGAGAGGAGACUCCGCCAGGCCCGGCCUUGGCGUUCUCCCGCCUGCAGUCGUUGAUAGCUCGGGAAACGAACUCCUAAAGGGCAAAUACUAUGAUUUGGUGGCUUGGCCUAAUGUUCCGCUGCCAUUAAUAUACGUCUCCUCCAUUUCACCACUCGUAGAAGAAAUGGAACCUGUUGGGUUCAACACAAAGUCGAAUUAUUUACGAUCGCGACACCGAGUCUUCCGGCCCGGUUGGUUUAAAUUUGAAAGAAACUCCGAACAUCCUCGGCGUGAUUACAAGCUUCUAUGGUGCCCUGUCUAUGUGGUGGAUCAAUAUGUGCGCUCAUCAGAUGAUUGCCAAACCAUUGGAAUCUUUGCUGAUAGCGAUGGAAUUGAGCGUCUGACUCUAGCUGAUACUUCAGUGCCAUUUGGAUUCAGGGCCUACGUAGGACCACAGAGUGAUCAGCACUUGAAAAUGAGUACUUCUAAUGCUUAAUUUUCGAAAUGAAACUUUGCUUCUUCCGUGUUGUAAUGCAUCUAAUAUCAUUAGAUUUAGAUGCUAACUAUGUAUGUACCUAAAAUAAUGAAUUACUAAAUAAGGAAGAAGGUGGUCUUUUAGUGUUAAACUAAACAUUAUUGAUGUGUGAUA